AUGCCCGCCCGCCCACAGUGGAACAUGAGGUUUGCGGCCUCCGCUUCGACUUCCGCACCGACGUCGGCCUCGCACUCGACUACGACCUCAACCUCGAACUCGACCUCGACCUCGACCCCAACUGCCACCUCGUCCGCCUCUUCGCCCAAGUCAUCCUUUCGGUCGGACAGCAUCGACACGGUCGAUGAGGGCCGCCAGGCGUCCGUCUCUUCAUCCACCACGCCACUGCCAGCCUCGUCUCCAGCGCAACCGCACAAUCUUGCGUGGCUAGAGUCCAGCAUGGUCAACCAGGUCAGCAGCCUCGACGUCGACCUCCAGGUCUGCGACUCGGUCCAGCAUGACGCGCCCAGCCUGUUUGGACUGCGCAGAAAGAUCGCCGCUGCACUGCCCCAGCUCGGCUUCGACGACGACUUUGGCGGCGGCGGCGGCGGCAUCGCAGCGCGCAGAAAGAGGUCGCGCUCUCGACCCGCCGGCGGCGACUCGAUCAACAACAUCGCCAUCGACCUCGCCAACGCCGAGGACACGAUGGGCACCGAGGCGCCCUUCCACAUCGUGACCCCGUCGACGCGGGACGGCAGCAGCACCUCGGGCCUCUCGCCCUUUGCCUCGUCGCAUAGCAACGCAAAGCACAUGGCCAAGCUCGAGCGGGAGCUCCAGGAGCGCGAAAAGGACUACGAGGUCCAGCUGCUCAGCCGCUUCGAGAUCUCGGAGCUCAACAUGGACGUCUACACAGAGCAACGUACGGGCGAGUGGGUGCAGAGGGGAGCCGCGCCGCCGCAUGCCGAACCCGCGGAUACGUUGCCACGCAUCUUUAGCCCGUGGGACAUCGGCGUCGACACCAAGGCUAUCAUCCGGCGCAACAAGCUGCGCUCGUUUGUGGAGCUGGUCGACUCGACGACGGCCGUCAGGUGCCCGGACUGCGACACCUACACGGAUCGCGAGGCGGGCUUCCGCUUCCACUGCGAGCCUUGCGAGACGUGCGCCUCGACGGGCCUGGUCAAGAUGGUCUACGUCGUCUGCGUGACGCUGCGGCACUCGAAGUUCCUGCCCCUCUUCUUGCCCCUGGCCCACCUUGGCGGCUGGUUCCAGGACUCGAUCCGCACCUAUCUGUGCACUCCGGAGCAGCACAUCCACCCUGCGCUGCUGCAGCACAAGGCCAUGGAGGCGAUCCGCUCGUCGGCCUACCGCGUCGGCAUCGCCCACGCGCGCCAGCACGAUGCGCGGCUGCUGUGCGUCAAGGCGACGCUGCACAAGCGGAGCUGCAACAGCGUCGUCGUCCUGCACCGCCCCCACGGCACGCUGCGCACGUUUGACGUGACCGACUCCGGCCAGCUCAAGGUCGGAUCCAACACCGAGGACGCCAUCCGCAUCCGCCAGACGCCCGGCUUGACGCGGUUGCUGGCCCCGUACCCGCUCGUGGCCCGCAUCGACGGGCUGCACCAGCUCGUCGGCAUCGACCGGCUGGUCGAGACGACGCGACGCACUGUGUGGAAGCAGUACACGAUCCCGCUCGACGCUCCCGCCGCCGGGGCCACGGGAAGCGGGAUGGUGGCGCCCUCGUCGCCGCGCACCACCAUCUCCGAGACGUCGACCCUCUACCCGUCCCAGGCCGUCCCUCGUUCGGCCGGUGGAUCGUCGAUCAUGUCUUCGCCGUCGCCGCGUCUCGGGACGCUGAGGCUGGCCACGCGCAGUGCGAUGGACCUUACGACGCCCGCGCGGGACAGGAGCAACUUUACCGUCGACUCGAGCUCGGUGUCGUCCUUGCCUCAGGUGCCCUCGCCUCCCUUUUCGGCUCCCUUCCCGUCGUCUUCGUCGUCGUCGUCGUCUGGCGCGAGGAGCGGGGGCGCACGGUCCUUUUUCUCGCUGGGCAGGUCGACGAUCAAGAAGAAAAAGUCGGCGUCGUUCCUCUCUGCGGGUCGCGAGGCGACGGUGCAAUAG